AUGAAUAAGCUAAGGAUCAUUAACAGGUGCUUCCAGGCCGAGACCCUCAGACAGUCGCAAGAAGAGGACCGGCAGUGUCACCUAAAGAUUCACAUACGCAGCCAUUCUAAGUCACCCUAUGAAUGCUCUUACUGUUCAUAUGAGACUUCACAAAAAUCCAUUAUGAACAGGCAUAUGCUAAUCCAUACAGGUGAAAAGCCAUUUGCCUGUACCCUUUGCCCUUAUCGCUGUAAUCUAAAAGCAGAUUAUAACCAUAGGUUUACUUCAGAGAUAACCAUGAAUCAUGUGGAUCUGGAGAGAGCUAAGGAAGGAAGUAGCGUCUACAGUGGGAAGCUUCAACUCAACACGAAGAUUCACCAUUGCCCCUACUGCGGCUACUCCACCAUUAAGACUACAAACCUUAUAAGACACAUCCAUACCCAUACAGGUGAAAAGCCCUUUGCCUGUCCUCACUGCCCAUUUCGAGCUACUCAAGAAGACAAUCUAAAGCGACAUGUGCGAACCCAUACUGGAGAGAAGCCCUAUGCCUGCUCUCUCUGCUCAUACAGAUCAAGGCCAUGGUGUAGACUGAAGUUGAGAGAAGUGCAAUUUGUGAAAAAGAUGAAAGUUGAGUUUCAAAAAGUAAAGGUGUCAGUGGACCACAACAUCCUUGGCACCUCCGAGGGCAGACCAACUAAGACCAUAGGGAUUGCCGAGGCAAUAGGAGCUACAGGCUGCAAGAAUUUCUCCUCUGCUACUCCCAAGAUCCGAUCCUGCCCCUACUGCCCCUUCACCACAACCAUUGCCACGCAACUCUCAGAGCACCUGCGGAGCCACACAGUCAGAGAGUUAUUACCAUGUCCGCACUGUCCUUUUCAGUGCUUUCAGGUGGAGAGCAUCAGGGCUCACAUACGGACACACACUGGUGAGAAGCCAUUCGGUUGUGCCUACUGUUCCUAUAGGUCAGCACAGAAAGGGAACAUGAAGAGACAUGUGUUAAAGCAUCAUACCUAA